GUUUUGAGGCUGGUGCACAGAAGAGAAGGCAAAAAUGAAACAUUUCUUACUCAUGAUCGGGCUCUGUGGAGUGCUUUCACGGGCUUUGCCUGUUCUCCCACAAACUGAAGAAGUCACAGAAGAGGAUGUGCAGCUCGCCAAGAAAUACCUCAACAGCUAUUACCCUGAACCAGAAGGAUCUCCUGUCAUUCGAAACAAUCAUAAUAGCUUUGAUGCCAACAAACUACAACAAAUGCAGGAAUUCUUUGGGCUGAAAGUGACAGGAAAACUAGAUUCAGGCACCUUGGAUGCAAUGAAAGCCCCCAGAUGUGGAGUUCCUGAUAUAGGAGGAUUCAGAACCUUUCCGCUGUCUCCAAAAUGGCCAAAGAAAGACCUAACAUAUAGUCUUCAGAAUUACACACCAGACAUGGCUGGUGCUGAUGUAGAAGAGGCCAUCAGGAGAGCUUGGAAACUGUGGAGUGAUGUGACCUCCUUGAGCUUCACCAUGGUAUCAGGGGACUCUGCAGACAUAUUAAUUUCAUUUGGUGCUAGAGUACACAGCACUAAUCCCUUUGAUCCUCCCUUUGACGGACCCAAGGGAGAGGUGGGUCAUGCCUUUUCACCAGCUCAUGGUGGAUAUGUCCAUUUGGAUGAAGAUGAAGACUGGACUAGGGAUGCACAAGGAAUCAACCUUUUCCAUGUGGCUGCCCAUGAGUUCGGCCACUCACUGGGUCUCUUCCAUUCCAACAUUCAGGAAGCUCUGAUGUUUCCAAAAUACAUACGUUCAGAUCCUGCAAAGGUCAAGCUUCACCCAGAUGACAUCGAGGGCAUUCAGUCUCUUUAUGGACCCUCUGAAGAAGCUGAAGGUGAUGGUCAGCCGUCCGGGUCUGGCUCACCAACAAACGCACAAGAGGAGGCAACAGACUUGUGCAACCCUGGCCAAUCUUUUGAUGCUGUCACCAGUCUCCGAGGAGAAACUCUGUUCUUUAAAGACAGCUUUAUGUGGCGAAAGAGCCCUGCUCGAAGCUACAUUGAAAAAGAUCAGAUUUCUGCAUUCUGGCCAGCUUUGAGUGGUGGAAUAGAUGCUGCGUACGAAGCUGAAAAUAAAGACACACUAUUUCUUUUCAAAGGAGAGAACUACUGGGCUAGCAAAGCAAAUAUUAUACAGCCAGGUUUCCCGAAGAGCAUCCACACACUGGGCUUCCCCCAAAGUGUUAAGAAAAUUGACGCAGCUGUUUAUGACAAGAGCACAAAGAAAACAUUAUUCUUUUCAAGUGACAAGUACUGGAGAUAUGAUGAAACCAAGAACUCCAUAGGGAUGAGCUAUCCCCGAAGGAUAGCAGCUGACUUCCCUGGGAUUGGAUCCACAGUGGAUGCUGCUUUACAACAUAAUGGACAUUUCUAUUUAUUCAGUGGCUCAAAGCAACAUGAGUUUGACAGCCAAAGAAGAUUUAUUAGCAUCAAGAAAAGCAACUCCUGGUUUGGCUGCCAGUGACCAGGGAGGAAAAUGCAGUAGCAAAGGACAAGAGAAUGCCGGCAUCAAGCCUUACUGCUUACAGGCA